AGGGCGAGCGGAGAGCCGGCGGGGAGAUGGACGGCGCGGGUGGGGAGGAGCUGGACAUGGAAGUAAUGAAGCCUUUAAUUGAUGAACAAAAUUCAGAUGGCAUCUCAGAUGAAGAGCAUGAAAAUAAUUUCCUGCCAGUUGAGAAGCAUUACCAGCUUGAUAACGAAGAAGGCAUUACGUUUAUACAAACACUUAUGCACCUCCUCAAGGGAAACAUUGGAACUGGGCUUCUUGGUCUUCCACUUGCAAUAAAAAAUGCUGGCAUUGUGAUUGGACCAAUCAGCCUUGUGUUCAUAGGAAUUAUAUCUGUUCAUUGUAUGCACAUCUUGGUACGCUGCAGCCACUACCUAUGUCAGAGGAUGAAAAAAUCCUCACUGGGAUAUAGCGAUACAGUAAGUUGUGCCAUGGAAGUGGGGCCCCUGACUGCUCUUCAGAAACGAGCUUCAUGGGGACGGUAUAUUGUCGACUUUUUUCUAGUGAUAACACAGCUGGGAUUUUGUAGCGUUUAUGUUGUGUUCUUGGCAGAAAAUGUGAAACAAGUCCAUGAAGGAUUCUUGGAAAACAAAACUGCUCCCAUAAAUGUUAGUGCCACCAGCAGUUCUUCUGAGAAAAGGAGUACUGAUUUACGAAUAUACAUGCUGUGUUUCCUGCCAUUCAUGAUCCUCCUGGUCUUUAUUCGUGACCUUAAGAGCCUGUCCUUGCUUUCAUUGCUUGCCAAUCUGUCCAUGGCUGUCAGCCUGGUGAUCAUUUACCAGUAUAUUGUUAGAGAUAUAGUAGAUCCUCAAAAACUGCCUCCUGUGGUUGGCUGGAAGAAGUACCCGCUGUUUUUUGGGACUGCAAUAUUUGCUUUUGAAGGAAUUGGUGUGGUACUCCCAUUGGAAAACAGAAUGAAGGACACCACGCGUUUCCCGCAGGCGCUGAAUAUUGGCAUGGGAAUAGUCAUGACCUUGUAUAUCUCAUUAGCCACGCUGGGGUAUCUGCGCUUUGGGGAUGAAAUCAAAGGCAGCAUAACUUUAAACCUGCCACAAGAUAAAUGGUUGUAUCAGUCUGUAAAAAUUCUGUACUCCUUUGGGAUUUUUGUGACCUACUCGAUUCAGUACUAUGUCCCUGCGGAGAUUCUCAUUCCAGCUGUCACCUCCAAAGUGGAGCAGAAGUGGAAGUUACUCACUGAGCUUGUGGUGAGAGCAUUAUUAGUCUGCUCAACCUGUGCUGUAGCGGUGUUGAUCCCUCGCCUAGACCUGGUAAUUUCUUUCGUCGGAGCCGUCAGCAGCAGCACUCUGGCACUGAUUCUGCCACCUCUGGUUGAAAUCCUCACUUUCUACAAGGAAAACUUAAGCUUAUGGACCAUAUUUAAAGACAUUUUUAUAGCUGUCAUUGGAGUUGUUGGAUUUUUAACAGGGACAUACGUGACAGUUGAAGAAAUCAUUUAUCCUGCAUCUACAGUUCUAGCUAACGCAACAGAGAGCAUCUCUGCAGAUUUAAAUGCUACUGACUUGGUGGUUGGUUUAUAACCAGGCACUGUGAACUAUUUUGUUCCUUAACAAGAAGUCCUAGACGGAUGGCAGACCUACAUGUGGGGCAAAUUCGCAUCGAUUUUAAAUGAAUUUUUGAAAAAUAGCAUGCAGCUCUUUCUCAUUCUGUUGUUUGUUCUUUCCUUCAUUCCUUCCCAUCUGCUACCUGAAUUACCUGAAUUGCUCUCAACCUCUGCUCAUCCAGUGAAAAACUGAAUUGAUGUCACAAUUUAAAAUAUAUAUAUGAAUCUAGGAAGGAAAUAUGACUUUAGGUUAUUUGCGAGAAGAAAAAAUGAUUUUUUUAAUAAGGAAGGCACAAUGCCUUCCUCCUCAGAAAAGGUGGAGGUCAGUCCCUUCAUCAUAUCCAGGCAGCAAGUCUAGGCACUACUGUUUUCACUCCAGCUCUGUUGUAAGGGUUGGAGUGGGAGCUCAGUGAUGCAUAGACCUUCUCUUGGCUGUUUCUGACAGGGUGAAUUGCCCCCCAGUGAACCAGAGACACUAUAGUUUUAGAAGAGAGCAGCUGUGUUUUUCACUUCCAUUUCCUUUCCAUUCUGGGGACUCGAAUGUUUGCUGUGGAGAAGCUGUUGGGUAGUUGCAGUUGCCUGGCUCUGGUUCCUGGGAGUCGGUGUGUCUGGAAUCAGAGUGCACGGUGCAGAAUGACUGUGACUCUUGUUCAGCCUUUUCACGUCGGCUCCAACGGGAGUUUUUCAAGCAGUCAGAAGGACCAAGCCCUCCCCGGUUAGUAUAGCAGACCACUGCUGGUGGUGGGUUACAUGAUAGAAAGCAUAAAAGCAUUUUGUCGUGCUGACCAUCUUAAAAUUUAAGCUGAAGAAUGGAGAAGACUGUAAGGUAAGGUUUAGAGGGAAAGGCUGGAUAUUUUAUUAGACCAAAAGGCAGCUAGUUAGGAAUGUUACUGCCGUCUUACACGAUCUGUUACUGUAUGUUCCUGUACCAUGAGCUGUUCAGCAUGGCCAGACCCCUGCUCCAGGGACAUGACAACUGUGAUGCUCAGUAGAGCCACGGAGGUCUGACUGUCCAGAGCAACUUAAAGAUUCAUGAUGUUAAUUUCUGUAUGAGAAAAGAAAAGGUGAGACACUACUUUCUAGACUGGAGCUUGUGCCAUACUUUCACACGUAUAAGCUGUGGGUUAUCUGUGAAAGAAUUUGUGAUUCCAUAGCACUGUGAGCUGGAGGGGCACUGGGGAUGUCUGUUUGAAGCCUUUUCUUCCUCAAGUGCACCACCUGCCUGCAGCUUGUCUGAAGAUGUGGGUUGUCUCAGGACUUGCUUUCAACUACUGAUACUUUGUAGAGAGCUACAGCUUACAUGAGACCUAGGGUAUACGUCUGAAAAUAUGAUUUUUUUUAGAAAGUAAUUAUAUAUCCCUUUCAGAUUUUGAAUGAAAAGUUACAGGCUGUGGUUUAUCAGAGCAAUAUUACUUUCUUUAAUGAUGCAAAAACAUUCAAUACCACAAAUGAUAAGUUUAUUUUUGUACAUUUUGGUAACAGCUGUCCUGACCCAUUUUUUACACCAUUUCUUUAUCCUUAAUUUCAACUAUACAAAUGUAUAAAAUACUGUAUUUUUUUUACCUGUUACUAGAAGUCUGUAGACUGCUUAUCUAUAUUUCUAUUGUAACAUAUAAUAAUUAUUUUUGCAUUCUUAUGUUCUGCCUUAAAUAGUAUCUAACAUGCCCUUUACUGAUUUUUUGCUUCUUUUGUCCAUUUUGGAAGAAAAAAAGAACAAGAUGAUAAGUUGGUAAUUGGGUAGAAAUGAGUUUUGUUCAGCAAGCCUGCAUGCUGAGUCCCCAGCUGGAACCCUGAUUUUCAGGGUUCAUAUUUGACCUUCUGGCUCACACUUCAUAGAUGACUUUCACUCCAAAUAGUAAAGCUAUAUUUUUGGUCUUGUUUUCUAAAAACACUCUAUAUUUUGUACAACAACUGUAUUUAUCAUACUCAUUCCUGUUAUGAAGAAACUCCUUUUUCUACAGGAUAUUUUUAAUUAUAACAUUCCCCCAAGAAAUAUGGUAUGCCAAAACCUCUCUACUGUAUUCAUACAUAUUAAGAUAGAAAUAUAUGUAAUAUUUUGCUUGCCUUCAGUAUAUUCCUCAGAAAUCUACCAUUUGGUAAUCUACCAUUUGGCACUACAGUCCUAAAAUAAUAUAGUGUUAGAUAUAUCUAUAUUUAUAUUUUCUCAGAAUAUUUCUCCAGUCAUCUACCAUGUGGUGACUGUAUUUGGGCACCUUCAUCUCCAUGUUGGUGAGGGCAUUUCUGAUAGGGAUUUGUUAUAGCACGUAGUUUGAACUGCACAUAUUUGUUCAAGCAAUAGUUCUGAGCAAUGCUGCUCUUUUCAUUUUAGCGUGGACAAAGUUCAAUACUUGGCAGGCACUUUAAAGGGAUGAGUCUCGGCAGGUAUGAUACUAUAGAAUUAACCUUUGGUAUGAAAAUGCCGCAGAGAAGCAAACACAGGUAGUUAGCGGAGAGGCAAAAGGUAACUUCAGCUUUACGUCCUAAAGGUUGUUUAGUCUUUAAGCUGUUUGAAAAGACAUUGAAUCUGUUUCCUUCUGUUUCAUAAUGAAUCUGUUGUUUACGUAAACCAUACACUACCCACUGAUAGAAUGUAUUUCUGUGCAGCAUAUUUUACUUUACAGUAAAUACUUCUACAUGGAACAUUUUUAGUAAGACUGAUAGGAUUUAAAUGCAAGUGCUUUUUCCUCUUAGUUUUGCAUCUUUGUACCAAUGUGUGUUUGGAGAAUAAAGGACUGUCAGGUACAUUCAUAUCAUCUGCUCUGCAUCGAUUGUGUCCCAGUGAGCAACUCUGAGAAGGUGCUUCUGCCAGGGUGCAGAGGGACUUGACCAGUUCAGAGUUUGGUGGUGAUUUUUGGCCGAUGCAAGUAAAUACUGACCUGGUACUGUCCGUGAAGAUUUGCUGAGCUGGGUACCUAGAACCUAAAUAGGUGGCCUUGGUACCCAGGUGAACACAGCAUAUCUUUUUGAAAGUUAGGAGACCUGUUUAGAAGCUUGACAGGUUUGAGGAAUCUCACUGUAGCCAUCAAACUUUGGAUAACCUGGCCCAAAUAGAAACCCUUCCACACCUUACUGCCGUGCCUGAGCGGGAGCGGCCCAUCAAGGAGCACGUUUUCAGGCUGAGGUAUUGCCCCGGACUGACCAGGGAAGAAGAAGUCUGUUUAUUCAGUGAGCCAGUGUUGCCGUGUCUAGCAAUGUUGUAUCUUUUGAAUCUUUAAAAUGUUUAUUAAUAUAUUUUGCACGAUGUCAAUUUUCUCCUACAGUGUAGGAUUUUUGUUAUUUUAACACUCAUACUGUGUGUUUGUGUGGCCUGCUCUUUCAAAUAGAAAGAGGCAGGAAUGAGGGUAUCUUGCUUUGCAUAAGACUAAAAUGUCAUGUAGUAAAAAACCUACUAACUCUGAAUAAGAAGAGUGUUCCUGUGAAACAUUGCCAAAGAUUUAAAAGAUAGGAAAGUCUGAUGGAAACCUCUUCUGAAUAAUAAGAGUGUUCAUUCAGCUCUUAAAGUACUGUAAUAUAAAUUGCAAGUUAAGAUGCAGGGAGGGACACUGAGAUUUAAUAGGUAUGGUUUACAUUAAUAUAUAUUUAAGAUGGAAAUGUACUUUAGCACAAGCUAAAUUAAACUGAAAAAUGUAUGUGAUUGGCUUAUGUUCCUGACAAGGAACAGAAAGCUAUUGUAUUUAUAUACUGUACACGCACUUAUAUUUUACGAUAUAAUAUUGUUAACGGUUUUAAUGUAAUUUAAUCAUUAGCUGUACUAUAAGUAACUGGAUCAUUUUCUGGUCUGUAACUGUUCAUCCUCAAAUAUUGGGCAAGUAAGAGGGAGGCUUUGCCUAAUGUUCUGCAACUUAAAUCUUCUGUAUCA